AUGAGUGGUGGUGGUGGUGGCGGUGGCGGCGGCGAUGCGCCAGAUGCUAUCGCGGUCGGCAACGAGGCGGCCACCGUGAACCGGGAACGCCUGCUGCGUCUGCAGCGGCUCUCCGAGCAAGUGCGCAUGGGCGGUAAGGGCAGCAUGCGAAGGAAAAAGAAGGCAACAGGUGUUCGGCCGGGAGCGACCGACGAUAAAAAGCUACAAGCAGUGAUCAAAAGACUGGCGCUUUCACAGAUACCCCAGAUCGACGAGAUCAACAUGUUCAAGGAUGACGGCACCGUGCUGACGUUUGCUCUCCCGAAACUGCAGGCAAACAUCUCAGCGAACACGUAUGUGUUGAGUGGAUCAGCACCGCAGCAGCGCCGUCUGGAGGAACUCCUGGAUGACGUUGGGGUCUUAUCACAACUGGGACCGGAGAACCUCGCGCAUAUUCAGCAGCUGAUGCAGCAGCUAUCUACGCAAGAGAAACAGAGCGAUGAUGUACCUCAAGUGCCGGAUGCGGACUUUGAGGCAGUUGCGACGCAGGCAGCGGACACUACCGCAUCCUCGGCUUGA